AUGUUACGUUCUUUCAAAAGGGCCGAUUUUGUUCUCUUUCGAGAAUUCGUGGCCAACAGGCUGGGCUCCUACAAUAUUGAUACUGACUCAAACAAUCUAAAUGAGUUGCUAGAGAGUCUAAUUGACGAGGCGGACAACCUGUUUAUUCCUAGAGUUCAAUUUGUACCUGAUCAUAGGCCUCCCCUACCCCGCACAAUUCGGCACUUAAUGGACGAGCGGGCCCGCUCAUUUGCUAGAAUGAAAUGUACUGGGCUCGAUGCCGGUGCUAUCGAGUUCAAGCGAAUCCGCAACUUAACUCGUGCACCAAACUGCCGAAAAGAAGAGAAAUCCGGAACCGGGAAUAUUGGGCGCAAGCCUCGAUCCCGAGUACUACUUCAAGACUUCAAGACCUGA